AUGGCCGAGACUAAGAAGGUCAAGUCCCCCAAGGACUUCGCUAUUGACUUCCUCAUGGGUGGUGUUUCUGCUGCCGUCGCAAAGACCAGCGCUGCCCCCAUCGAGCGUAUCAAGCUGCUUGUUCAGAACCAGGAUGAGAUGAUCAAGCAAGGCCGUCUUGCCACCCCCUACAAGGGCAUCGGUGAUGCCUUCAGCCGUACCUACAAGGAGGAGGGUAUGGUCUCCCUCUGGAGAGGAAACACCGCCAACGUCAUCCGAUACUUCCCUACCCAGGCCCUGAACUUCGCCUUCAAGGACUACUUCAAGUCCCUCUUCGGCUUCAAGAAGUCAGAAGGUUACUGGAGGUGGUUCGCUGGCAAUGUCGCUUCUGGUGGAGCCGCUGGUGCCUCUUCACUGCUCUUCGUCUACUCACUCGACUACGCCCGUACACGGUUGGCUAACGACGCCAAGUCGGCGAAGGGUGGAGGAGCCCGUCAAUUCAACGGUCUUGUUGACGUCUACAAGAAGACUCUUGCCUCUGACGGUCUUGCCGGUCUCUACCGUGGUUUCGUUCCCUCAGUCGUCGGUAUCAUUGUCUACCGUGGUCUCUACUUCGGUGUCUACGAUUCGCUCAAACCUGUUGUCCUUGUCGGUGCUCUCGAGGGUUCGUUCUUGGCUUCCUUCGCUCUCGGUUGGGGUGUCACCAUUGGUGCUGGUCUUGCUUCCUACCCUCUCGACACCAUCCGUCGUCGUAUGAUGAUGACAUCUGGCUCUGGUGUCAACUACAAGUCCAUGUUCGAUGCUGGCUCCCAGAUCAUCGCCAAGGAAGGCACGAAGUCCCUCUUCAAGGGUGCUGGUGCCAACAUCCUCCGUGGUGUUGCCGGUGCUGGUGUGCUCUCGUUGUACGACAAGCUGCAACAAGUGAUGUUCGGCAAGGUCUACUCCGGUGGAUCUGGUUAA